AUGGACGCCGCACAGAAGAAAGCUCAGCAGCUCAUUGACGACAAUGCCGUCAUGGUAUUUAGCAAGUCAUAUUGCCCGUACUGCGCCAACACGAAGCGGGUGCUCGACGGCCUGGACGCCAAGUACGGCCUCCUGGAACUGAAUGAGGAGAGCGACGGCGACGAGAUCCAGGCCGCGCUCGUCAAGUUGACCGGCCAGCGCACCGUUCCCAACGUCUUCAUCGGCCAGCAACACAUCGGCGGCAACUCCGACCUAGAGACCGUGGUGCGCAACGGCAAGGGUGGAAAGAGCAUUAAGGAGCUGCUCCGGGCGGCUGGCGCUUUCGAGCUGGGCGCCAGCAGCGGCUCGGACGAGGAGUGA